AUCAAAUACAUUUACGAAAAACCUACCAGUCCUCAGCAAUCUAUCCUUCCUAACAUAUACAUUCCACCCGAUUCCAAGAACCCCACCAAACGAACAAAAGAAGAGAGAGAAAAAGAGCCCCCAGAAAAAGAGGGGAAAAGAGCAAUGGCCCUCUCCAAAGCCCAAACCCAAUCCACAGAAACAGACAUAAUCCUCAACAAAGCCAACGUCGCUCUCGCGCGCAGCCAACGCCUCGUCGCAUCAUGGUUUCCCGCCCCAACAGCCGAAGAACAACAGCACACGAAUGUUAAAUCCGAGGAGGAGCUACAGAGGGAGGAGGAGGAGAUUUUCAAGGCUGUUCCUGAGACACUAGGAAUAGGCGCCCCCCUCCCCAGCAAAGCAUCGGACGGAAGCUGGAACCGCACGGAGCUCUCCUCGAACGACCAACUGCGCAGACAGCUUCUAGGGAAGAAUUACAAGAAGGUCAUGGCUGCCAAGACCAGUACCACUAAUGGAGAUGGGGGUGUUCCAGGCACGUUGUCGGAUCGGUUGUUGUCGCGGGGGACUGCGGAUAAACAGGGGCAACAACAAGAGAGUGAUGAUGAUGAGGAGGAUGGGAGGAUAGCUGCUGUUGGGAAUCGGGCGGGGAGAGGGAAGGGGAGGGGGAGGAAGAGGGGGUUGGAGGGGUCGACUCCUUCUACUACUCCUUCUACUUCUACUUCUGUCCCUGGUGGUGGUGAGGAUGGUGAGGGUGUGGCUGGUUCUGGUGACGGUGCGGAGUCUACACAGCCGAGUGAACCAUCAUCUGCACGGCCAGCGCCGUCGGGACCGAAGGGCCGGAAAAAAGCUACUAGCUUUUUGGACGAGAUUCUGGCAGACCGGUCGAAGAAGAGAAAGAAGCGGUGA